AUUUCAAGCCUCAUCUUGACAUUCAUUUACCCUUCCAACUUCAGUCUUUCGUUCAAAGCAAACUGUGUUUGCUGUCCAUUCAUUUCUUCGCCUUCUCCCACUACAACGAUGAAGUUUUCCAUCUUCGCCGCGGUUGCGGCGAUUGCUGGCUCAGCCUACGGUGCUGAUGCCGUCAAGGGAGCCGCUGAGGGUUUCGCCAAGGGCGUCACUGGUGGCGGCUCUGCUACGCCCGUCUACCCUUCUACCACCGCCCAGCUCAUCAGCUACCUUUCCGACUCCUCCCCCCGUGUCAUCGUCCUGACCAAGACUUUCGAUUUCACCGGAACUGAGGGUACCACCACCUCUGCUGGUUGCGCUCCAUGGGGCACCGGCUCCACCUGCCAGCAGGCUAUCAACAAGGAUGGCUGGUGCGACAACUACCAGCCUAACGCCCCCAAGGUCUCUAGCAUCAAGUACGACAAGGCUGGUGUCCUUGGUAUGACCGUUGGCUCCAACAAGUCCCUGAUCGGCCAGGGCUCAAAGGGUGUCAUCAAGGGCAAGGGUGUCCGUAUCGUUUCUGGUGCUAAGAACAUCAUCAUCCAGAACGUCCGCUUCACCGAGAUCAACCCUAAGUACGUCUGGGGUGGUGAUGCUAUCACAAUCAACGGUGCCGACCUUGUCUGGAUCGACCACGUCACCACCGACCUGAUCGCUCGCCAGCACAUCGUCCUCGGCAAUUCUGCCUCCAACCGUGUCACCAUCUCCAACAACGAGAUCAACGGUGCUUCCGCCUGGUCCGCUACCUGCGACGGUCGCCACUACUGGGCUCUGUACUUCACCGGUUCCUCCGACAUGGUCACCUUCAAGAACAACUACGUUCACCACACUUCCGGCCGCUCCCCCAAGGUUGCUGGCAACACCAUCCUCCACGCCGUCAACAACUACUUCUACGCCAUUGCCCACGCUUUCGAGGCUGACUCUGGCUCCAAGAUUCUUGCCGAGGGUAACGUCUUCCAGAACGUUGAUGCGCCUGCUCAGUCCGGCCUCCCCGGCAAGGUCUUCGCUUCCGCCAGCAACCUCGCUGCCUGCAAGUCUUACCUCGGCCACAACUGCGAGGCGAACGCCUACGGAACCUCUGGUACUCUUGCUGGAACUGACACCAGCUUCUUCUCCAGCUUUUCUGGCAAGAACAUUGCUUCCGCAUCCACCGCCACUGUUGCCAAGAACGUCAUCAACUCCGCUGGUUACGGACGCUUGUAAGCUAUUCGUCCGCUUUGGAUGGUGGCUAGGAGGAUCACGGAUCCGAACCGCUAUGGCGGUGCUAUAGAUAUCUUUAUUCUUUGUACAUACACUAGGCUUCUUACAUAUACCACUUUAUUUGUUUCGCACAAUCCG